ACCCUCCCCCGUUUCAUUCAUUCUAUUAUUAAAAACCAGAUUUAUGUUUGUCCGUGUAAUUAUGUCUCGGGCAAAGGAAAAAAAUAUCGCAAUGACAUCUUGACAUUAAUAUUGUGUUUGAUAAGUCAGUUUUACAUCAAAUUAUCAAUUACUUGGAGAGAAAAAAAUAUGUUAAUAAGUUCAAACCAAUAAGUAAAUAAAUGAUUGAAUAAAUGUUUUUAAUGUAAUCAACAUUACUGUGCUAAAAAAAAGGAUGUCAUACAACCCAAUGAGAGAAAUUAAGCUCUGUUUACUCGGUGAUUCUGGUGUUGGAAAAUCAAGUCUUGUUUUACGCUUUGUUACUGAUCGAUUUGAUAUUCAAUCAACUGCAACUAUAGGAGCCUCAUUUAUGUCUAAAACAAUUUCGUUAGGUGAAAAUUCAUACAAAUAUCAAAUAUGGGAUACAGCAGGUCAAGAAAAGUAUAAAUCGCUUGCACCCAUGUAUUACCGGGGUGCUGCUGCAGCUAUAGUUGUUUAUGAUUUGACAGUGGAAAAUACUUUUAAAAGUGUCAAGACUUGGGUGCGUGAAUUGCGUGAGCUUGGUCCACCUGGAUUAGUAAUUGCAAUUGCUGGAAAUAAAAGUGACUUAAAAGACCAACGAGAAGUCUCAUUAGAGGCAGGAGAAAAUUAUGCUUCUGAAAUCGGUGCUGUCUUUGCAGAAGUGUCAGCAUUGACUUCUCAAAAUGUAGCUUAUAUAUUUCAAGAGAUUACCAAAAAACUACCUGAAGAAAGUUCGCAGUAUAUACAAAACUUUGACUUGAAAAAUCAGACUAUAAAAUCAAAGGGGGGGUGCUGUGAAAACUAAUUUUAAUUGUGAUUUAUUUUGUUUCUUAUUAUAAUAGUUUUAAUUUUUUUUAUCUUUAUCUUAAUUAUUGAAUUUUAAGCUGUUAAAAAAAAUAAAAAAUAAAAAGUUCAAUUUACAUAUUAAAAAAAAAAAAGAAAAUUGAUUGGCUUUUCAAAAGAGUCGACUCUGUAGUUUGUAGAAGUUUGUCUAGUAGUUAAUCAUGCUAUAAAUAAACAAAUCUCUUUAUUAAUAUUUUAAAUUAUAUAUAAUUAUAUAAAAUAUAUUAUAUAUAAUUAAAAAAUGAAGCUGCUUUUUUAUUUGUAUUUGUAUUUUACUGGCUUUUUAAAUAACAUCAGAAAUCUUUUUAUAAGCUAUUAUUUAUAAUGAGGGACUCGAGUCCCGAGGCUUGCUGGCCUGGUCUCCUUUUUUACUUUUAUUUUGUAUUAUAAAAUUAGUUUUUAUAGUAAAUCUGAAUUUUGUUUUUAGUAAAUAUAGUUUGUUCUUAAUAAAGUAAAAAAUAUUGUUCUUUAUUAACCAGAACUUCUUUAUAAAAUAAGCAGCAUAACAGACAUUGAACUUAAAGAGUUCUUCUUCACUAUUGUUGAAUGUUGAGAUUUGAAAAAAAACAUUUGUUGUAAAUUUUGAUAUAUUUUUUUAAAAUCUUUAUAUAUUUAUUAUUAUUUUUAUUCAGCUUUUUAUUGUUAUAGAAGACGAAUUGUGUUUUUCUGUUGUAAAA